AAUCAAUAAUGGGAACAAGAUUCAAAAUUGUAUACCUUAUACAAUAUACAAUUUGAUAAAAAAAAAAAAAGCGGAAAAUUGAUUUAAAUAUGAAAUUUAUUGAACAUGUUACGAACAUAAAUGUACAUACAUUUUGACUUUUCAUGAACAAAAUAAAAAUGGCAGCGCCGUCUUUCUUUUUUUUGCAAUACAUUAUACAGUCGACGUUGUCGAGGACAAAAUGUAAUACUGUGGUUCGAUAGUGGGAGGUAACCAUGACCACCACGGAUUUUAGCCUGUAGCGUUAGCAAACCGCGCCUUUCCAAUCUCCAGCAGUGCAGUCGUGCCAUCGAGUCGUUUCUACGUUCACUGUUUAUAUGUAAAUACAUUAACUGUACUCUCCGAAGUUCGGCAGAGUACCGGUAAAUUACAAUAUAUUCUUGAUCAUUUUAUAAUAUUAUAGAUCUCUGAAUUUGGUGACUUUGUAAUUUUCCUGCUAAAGAGUAUACCAUGUCGGUCGGUAAAGUAUUGGUUUACGGUGGAAGAGGAGCUUUGGGAUCGACUUGCAUAUCGACAUUUUUAUCACAAAAAUACGUAAGUAUUUAAAAAUGUUUUAUAUUAUGUUAACUAUUUUCGUUUUAAUCAAAAUUCACACGAAAAAUGCAAAUGUAUAGUUAAAUAGGUUGGUAAUAUACGUAUAUAAUUUAUGAGUUGGUGGUUAAAGAGAAGUUCCCUUUCCCCAACAUCACAAUGUAGUUGCUAGCAUAAUAUAGCAGAUAUAAUUAAUUUUGAAGAAAGUAUUUUCGUACUACCCUACCUACAUAUUAUAUUGAAUUUUCAGCGGCGGUAAUGCAAUAAUUAUAUAACCCGAGGUCGUAUUAUAGUUGUCUGGCGUUAUAAUAGUAUAAUAAUUAGAACCCUCGAGUAUGGUCAUUAACAAGUCUUACAAAAUAAAAUAUCUAGGUACUUACAUAAAAUUAAGUUGAAAAUCUAGAUACCUAGUUUUUUUUUUAUUGAGUUACAUAACUGGAUGUAACAAGUUUUUUCCUUUUCAAUUCUACAUCACUAUGCCUAUCUAAUGCAUUUUGUUAUAAGAUAAAUUAAGAAAACAUGAUACCUACAUGUGUUGUCUCAGUCUUUUAAAUGUUUUUUAACAAAUUUACAUUCAGCAGGGAUACUUUUGUGUAAUAAUGUUAGAGUUAUUAUUGUAAUCGACUUAUUAUUAAACUUAAAGGUAAGACCUGUGCAAUCAUGCAAGUUUAAGUGUUAUAUGAGUAUGUAAAAUAUCACAAUUUAAAAUUGUAUACAAUUGACCUAAAAAUUUUAAGAAAAAGUUUAUGGUUGUAGAAAUAAUAUUAUUAAAUGUAUGUUUUUAUAAUUCUAAUAUUUAAAUUAAGAACACAAAGUUGUCCUUGCUGAACGCAAAUUUGAUGUUGUAUAUUUUUGAUUGUUUAUUUAGGUACAGUAAAUUAUUUAAAUAGUAUUGACUAUAAUAAUAAGCAAAUGUUUUUCUUUAUUUGUAUAUUACAUUGGUUUUACGGUACCUAUUUAUUCCUUGUAUUAUUUUACUGUCCUUUAAAGUUUUUUCUUUUACUAUAGGUAAGUAGCUAGUCACCAAAAGUAAAUACUUUUUCUAUGAUAAAGAUAUUAUCUUAAUUUUAUAAGUUUAAUUAUACAUUUAUUAAUUCAUAAUUAUUCUACAUUUAAGUACUACAUUAAAUCAAUGUUUUUUGUUGCAAAAAAUGACUUUAAUAUUUAGUAGUCGAAGAGCGAUGUUUUAAUAUUUUUAAAGUUUUGAAAAUAUUGAUUCGUGUACCACCAUUUUCUUCUCAAUUUGAUUUAAUGUCGCACAACCUAAAAAUAUAUUGUAUAUUUGUAUAUUAAAUUUAUAAAAUAUGAAGGUCAUAGAAGUUAUGUAUAGACAAUGAAUAUAUUUCAUGGUGGUAUUGGAACCCUUAUAAAUUAAUAGAUACCUGUUAAAGCCAUGGUAUUAUCAAACUCAUUAAUGACUAUACCAAUAACAUCUUCUGCACCUUUUUGGCCAUUAAAUGCCAAUCCCCAUAAAAUGGGUUGAGCUAAAAAUACCUGCAAAUAAAAAAAUUUCAAUACUUAUGGAAUACUAAAAACUAGGUACCUAAUUAUAACAUAGUAUGAUUUAUAAAUAUUUCAUGUACCAUUUUGGCACCAAGUGCUAAAGCUUUAAAAACGUCAGUUCCAUGUCUUAUACCACAAUCCAGAUAAAUUUCAACCCUAUGUCCAACUUCUUGUACUAUACUUGGUAAAACCUCAAUCUAAAAUAUAUUUAUUUUAGUUAACAAGAAAUAAUUAUUUAAAUGUUAUCAAGAAGUUAUAAGUUAUAGCAUACUGUUGCUGGAGAUGAAUCCAAUUGUCUUCCACCAUGAUUAGAAACAAAUACACCAUCACAUCCCAAAUCUGCAGCAAUUUUUGCAUCUGCUGCACUUAAUAUACCUUUCACAAUUAUUGGUAGAUUUGUAAUGCUGAAAUUAAUUAUUUAUUAAAAUAUUUUCUUAUAAUUUAAAUAUAUUAGUAAUAAAUGAAUCAGUAAUAACUUUUUCAGCCAUUUUAUAUCAUCCCAUACUAAUCUAUCAUCAAAAAGACUCAUUACAUAUUUUGUUAUGCCAGAACCAUUAGUUUUAUUUAUUUUUGACAAUUCUUCAGAGAAAUUUCCUAAUCUAAAACAUAAUUUCUAUUUAUAAGAACUGCAUUUUUAACUUGAGGUUUGAUGUAUAUUAUAUGCGAUUUUCUUACUUUAAAUGACUUGGUAAAGUGAAGUCAUUUUUUAUGUCUUUAUAUCGAAUCCCGAACACUGGUACAUCAACAGUUAGUACUAAUGCCUUGUAUCCAGCCUUUUCACAUCUUCUUAUCAAAGAUGUGGUUAAAUCUCUAUAAAUUUACUUUGAAAUUAACUAUGUAUUUAAGUAAAUAUGUAGGUACCUAAAGUUAUGGUAGAAAUACUAAAAAUACUAAUUCACCUAUCUUUAUAAAUGUAUAGUUGAAACCACUUUACAGUAUUUGGUGCUGCUUCUGCUACUUCUUCUAAACUACACGUAGAUAAUGUUGAAAGUAUAAAAAUUGCACCAUGUUUUCCAGCAGCUACACAGUUUAUUUAUUUUUGAAGUGUUACUAAGACUAAAUUAUAUAAAUUUCAUAUUACCUCUUGCAGAUGCACAUUCUCCAUCUUCAUGUGCCAUUUUAUGCAUAGCACAAGGAGAUAUACCAAUUGGGACAUUUACCCGAUUACCUUGAAUGGUUACACUUAAGUCCCUUUUUCUUACAUCACGUAACAUUCGAGGAAUUAUACGCAAUCUUUAAAUCAUAUUGACAGUUGAAGAAAAAAAAUAAUAAUUAUAAUCAAACCUGCUUACUUAUCAAAUGCUUUAUUAUUAAUUGAAAUAGUAAACUCUUCACAAGCUCCACUCCGAUAAUAGCCCAGAACAAAUUUUGGUAAUGUAUCGACAGCAUAAUUUUCAAAAUCUUUGAUACAUAUAAAUUUAUUAGACAUUUUUUUCAGUAAUUAAAACAAAUAUUAUUAAUGAUACUUAAAAAAUUACAACUGUAUACAAUUUUCUAACCACUUAAUAUUAUCAAUAAAUAUUUGUAGUUUAGAUAAAUGAAUUAAAUCUCAAGGACAUAUAUUAAAUUAAAAUAUAAUAAACCUUUUGAAUUUAUAGAAAUAAUUAACAAUUUUACUGUCCUGAUUAUUUGUAUUAUAAAUAUUGUUUCACUGAUAGCUUAUCAUUAUCAUCAAGAUUGUUUAUUUUACCUUUAGGUGUAUUACACAAUUAAGUAAAACAAAAUAAGUUCAACAUUCAAUAGUAAUUGUUCGAAUGACUUUUUUUUUAUUAAAAAACAGAACCGAUUAUGAAUGUUACAAAUAAAUAAGUAGGUAUGUAGUAUUUUGAUUUACAGAAUAUUAAUAAUGUAAUAAAUUAAAAAUGGUGUGCCAUUGUUGUAGAUGGAAAGUUGGAUACAUAGUUAUUUAAUUUAUAUUUAUAAGUAAUGAUAAAUCAUUGUUAAUGAAAUACAAUUAUGAGCAAGCUUUGGUUAGACAUGUUUUGAAAUGCUGUCAAAUUACAAUUUUUAUCAAAAUUGAUAUUAAAAUAGGCCUAUUAAAAAAAAAAAAAUCUUCAUUAUAUAUUACAACUUGAAAUAAACCUCGUAUUGAAUAUUCAAUCAUUUCUGUUUGGUCAAAUUAUUUUAUCCAUAUAAUACCUACCAAAUAAAAUCUAGAAAAUUGCCGGAAUGUUUUAAAAAUUGUACAAUGUUUAUAAAAGUUUAAUAUAAUUAUUCUAUAAACAUUUUAGGUCUCUGAAUAUUUUUAAUCAAAUAACAAGAAAAACAAAAGUAAAACUAAUGGAACUGUUAUUUCCAUAAUCUUCCCUAUAAUUUUCAAAUCAUAAAGAAGAUUAGAAUUCAUUCAGAAAAUUAAAAACUGACCUCUUUAAUGCAUCAACUAUAUAUACAAUAUAACAAAAAAUAUCAAGAUACAUUUUUUGAUUGGAGCAAGAUUUCUGGUAAAUAGGUUGGUUUACACAGACAAAAAAAAAAACACAUUAUAAUAAAACUUAUAUAUUUUUUGUUUCGCUUAUAAUUUAAAAAUCAUCUUCAAUUUUAUAUAAAUUAAAUUAAAAUUUUAAACUAUGUAAAUCAAUAUUUUUGUAAGAUAAUCAAAUAAAAUCUCAUAAUUUUUGAAAUGUUAUUCAAAAGAAGUACUUUUUAUAUCAUUUUAAUAAGAAAAUAAAAAUAAUUUUGAGCUAUGUAAAUUAUAAAUAAAACCUUAGAUCAUAUACAAUAUGGUCUAAGAAUUAAACUAACAAUCUUGUGUCUUUUUGUUAUAAAUAUAAAACUAUUAUUUUAAUCUAAAAAUAAAAACUAGCAUUAAUAGAAAUAUUAAACUAUUAAUAAUUUUUCUUAAUACCUACCUAGUUAAUUUUACUACUUAAAUUUGAUAACAAAUAAAUACAAACUACACAUAUUUAAAUAUGAUUACAUGUUUAAAAUUGGUCAUUUGAAGCUUAAGUGCUGAACUCAAUCUGUUUAUGUAAUAUUACAUAAAUAUGUAGUUAUAUUGUAUUUUACAACUAUACUAAGUAUUAAUUGUUAUAAAAUAAUUUAAAGAAACAUGGAUUGCAAUUUUAAAUUAAUUACAUUUGAUAAUACUUAAAUUUUAAAAUCAAUAGAAUAUUAACUAUAAUAUUCUUGUAUAAAAUGUAAAUUUGACGAUUUACAAUAGGUUUAUUUAAAUGUAUUUAUUUUUAAAUAAUAUUAAAUCUUUAUUUCUGUCUAUAUUAAUUUAUAAUUACUUAAUUAUUUUUAAUUGGUAUUCAAUUAAUACAGGUUAACUUAGGUCAAAUAUUAUAAUCUUAUUAGGUACUUUUAAGUCUUAACUCCUAAUUUUAAUAAUACUGAGAAUAAACUUGCAAUUCCAAUCUAGACACCACAAUUUAUGAUUGAAAAAACAAAUACUGGUCUAAUAUGUUUUUAACCAAAGAAAUUGUAGAUGUACCUAUGUUCUACAUAUUUAUUAUAAUUUAUUCUUAAAUUGAUAAUAACUGCAAUAUGCAACUUUGUUUAAAUUUUCAAUUUUUUUUAAAAAAAAUUCCGGUUUUAUGUAGAUAAUAAUUUUUAGAUCUCUAAAAAUAAUCAAAAAUUUGAUACAAGGUUCAUCAUAACAAUUUAUGAUUUAGUGGUAAAAAAAAUUGAGCAUUAUAUUGUAAUUUGCAUUGUCAUUUUAUGGCUACAGACUCUCAUCCAUCAGUAUAAUAAGGAUUACAAUAAUGAAAAAUCAUUUUUGUUUUUCAGUGGGUUGGAUCUAUUGAUCUACAACCAAAUGAUAAAGCGAAUUCCAGUUUGAUUGUCAAACCAGAUGUUUCAUUAUUAGAACAAGUAAAAUAACAAAUAAGUAAAAACUGUAUAAUAAUUUAAUGUAUAAUAUUGUAUUUUUACAUCAUAUUUAACCAGUUAUUUUGAUUUAUUUUAAAAAUUUAAAUUUAAUAAAAUAUAUAUUUGUUUGAUUUUAAUUGUCAAUAUUUAAUAUAAUUCAGUUAUUUACAUAAUAAAUAGUUGUUAUUUUAUUUUUUCAGGAAUCUGACUUACUGAAGGAACUUGGGUCCAUUUUAGGAUCAGAAAAAUUAGAUGCAGUUAUAUGUGUUGCUGGAGGUUGGGCUGGUGGCAACUCAAACUCUGAUGGUGAAUAAUGCCAAAGCAAGAUUUUAUUACUCUAAAAAACAAACAUUAUUUUAAAUUCUGAAAGAACUAAGGAAUAUACUGGUUUUACUAUGUGAUGUUUCUUUCUCUUUCUACCAUGUUGUCGCUACAAACCUAGUUCUUAAUUAUUCUUUGUUUAUAGUCAUCAUGUUUAUAAAAGAACAUGGAAUCAAAUCUUUAAUAAAUUGUUUUUUUGGUCUUCUUCUUCCUUUUGUAUCCAUUUAUCUGUUCUUCGAAUAUGUUAGUUAUAAAUAAAUUAUUUUUCAACAGAUGACCAAAUAUUUGUUCACUUCUUUUUCUUAUGGUAAGAUCCUUUUCCCUCUACUUGGUUUAAUAUAUCUAAGUUGUUUUUCAUUUCUGUUCAACUAACUUUCAGUAAUUUUUUCCAAAUACAAAUUUCUAUAGUUUCUAAACUCUAGUCCUGUUCAGUGAUGGUCAAUGUUUUACAAGCAUAUAACAGUAAGCUCCACAUGUAGCAUUUGAUAUAAAUUUUCUUUAUCUGAAUAUUAAGAUUUUUAUUUGUAAACAACACUUUUUUUCCAUAGUUAUUUGUUGUCUAAUCUGUUGAGCAUUUUCCAUCUCUAGUCGGUGUACUCCUCAAGGUACUUGAAUAGUUUGUUUGAUUUUUUUCAGUUGUUUUUUAUUUUUAGUCUCUCUAAGGGAACUUCUCUUGUUUUUGUUUUAUUUUAUUUUACUAUCAUUUUGUAUUCCUAUAGUAUUUUAGUGAGGGUGAAUAGAGAAUUUUACAUAGCUUUCUUAGAUUUUCUCCGUAAUUUUAAGCCCACAAAAAGCAUACCUCUGUUCUAUAACAUAUAAAUUAUGCUUUAAAUUAAUUAUAGAAAAGUAAUUCAAUAUUAUUAAAUGAUAUAUUUUGAUUUUAGAUUUUGUGAAAAAUACUGAUCUUAUGUUAAAGCAAAGUGUUUGGAGCUCAGUGUUAGCAUCGUCUAUUGCAUCCAAGUUCUUAAAACCUGGAGGCAUUAUAGUAUUGACUGGCGCUAAAGCUGCACUUGGUCCCACACCAGGAAUGAUUGGUUAUGGUUUAGCUAAAGCGGCCAUUCAUCAUUUGACAAAAUCGUUGGCUGAUGAAAAUGGUGGUUUACCUACAGGAGCUCAAGCUCUCUCAAUUUUGCCUGUUACUCUAGAUACACCUAUGAAUCGUAAAUGGAUGCCUAAGGCUGACACCACAACUUGGACACCAUUAGAAUUUAUAGCAGAGUAAGUACAACAUUAAAAUAAGUAUGAUAGUUGCAUUUAUUUUGUAAUAAGAUUCAAUUUUCAAAAUAAUUUUUAUUUAUUUAUAAAUUAUUGAUAUAUGUGUUUGUGUAUAAAAUUUGAUUAUAUAUCCUAGUAUUCCAUUAAAAAUUAUUAAAUUUAUAACUAGAAUUAGUCAUUUAAUAUUAAAUAAAUACAUUGAUUGCCAAAUAUUUUUUUCAAAUCAAAUUCAUAAUCAAUAUGUCAAAUAUUAUAAUGUAUAAAAUAUUAUUUUUUGAACUUAAUUUAUGUAACUUAUAUUUUAAAGAAAUAAUUCCUAGUAAUUGUAAUAACUAAUAAUCAUAUUAACUUAAUAAUGGAACAAUAUUAUAAAAUAUUUGAAUAGAUAUUUAUACUACCUAGCACCUAUAUAUUAAUGCAUGAUUAAUAAUGGUUCUAAUUUUAUAUUAACAUUUAUAUUUAAUACAAAUAAGCACACAAUACUAUUUAAAUUAAUUGAUUAAUAAAAAAGUAUAUAUUGAAUCAAUGUCUAGCUCUACAGUUUGCUUAAAAAGGUAUAACAUUUCUUCUCAAAAUUUUAAAUUAAAAACCAACUAUUACUAUUUAAUGUUGUCAUCUCUAUAACUAUCUAUAAAUGUACAUGCUUUUCUUUUUCAGAUUAUUUUCUAAAUGGACUAAAGGAGAAGACAGACCACCUAAUGGUUCACUUGUUCAAUUAAUCACCAAGGAAAAUAAAACUACUUUGGAAAUUGAAUAAUUAUUCUAUAAAUAUUUUAUAAAAAAUUUAAGACCUAUUCUGUAUUUUUUAAAAAUUGUAUUUAUAUAUUAUAUAUAUUUAAUAUACUUUAUUUCCUGUACCAAUUUUAAAAAUAUUUUUGUUUGUCUAUUGAUUUAAUAAUUUUAUGGUUUGUUGGUUUAUACAUUAUACAAAAAAUAUACUUAAUAUCGUAAUUAUUUGUUAGCAUUAUAAUAAUAUAUGGCUAGAUUAAAUAAUAAAUUACAAAUUAAUAAUGUGAUGGUGUUGGUACACUCAUCAAAGGUGAUUCUAAAUAAUCAAAGCUUGGCGGCUCUGGGGGUGGUUCUGUAUCUGUUGAAAGUUUUUCUACAAAAUCUGUAUAUAAUUUAUGUACAGCCUCAUCGUGUGAUGGACUGGGCUGUAAAACUUUAGUUAAUGUACUUAAUCUACUUGGUGGUAACUUUGGAUAUACAUGCCACACAAGUUUUAACACAUGCCUAACUACGUUUUCUCUGUUAAGACCAGUACAAAAGAAUUCGUCAAAUAUUACCGUGCAAAAGUCUUCAGCAGCAAAUUCUUCAACUUGUUGAAUUAAAAGUGCUACUAAAAAAUGAAGAAAUGGAUCUUCAAAAGCACGAUCAUGGUCACAAUUAGCUAAAGACCCUAAUAUUCUCAUUAAUGCUAAUCUAUCCUUAGCUUUAGCAACGUGCAGUGUAUAAUACAUGGCAACAGUACACGCGACACUACUCUCUUGUAUAUAUGCUUGCACAGCAUCUGGCACAGGUCCAGAGUGUUCAAUAAUGGUGAUAGCCGAUUCUCUUUCAUCGGGAGGCAUUUUAGUGUUUAACGAUCUAACCUGAUCGUCAGCUAUCAGUGACAUCAAGGCAGGCAUAAAUUUGGUAACCACUUGACUAUCAAGUUUUGGUUCUUUAAAGUCUUGGGUGUCGAUCAUGACCCAAGCACUCAAACCGAGAGACAACAUUCUUAACAAUAAGACUAACACAUGAUUUUCUCUUGCUAGAUUUUCGUUAUUAAUCAAAUGGUGAAGUAUACGAAUAGUUGAAGUUGCUAAAAAGUUAAUAGCAUACGGAUCACAAAGAGUCAUAGAUAGAUCUCCUAAAACAGUUUCAUGUCCCCGUUUAAUACUAUCCAAAAACCCUUGAAGUUCACGGGAUCGUUUAACAUCAACAUUACGCUCCCUGAUACAAGCAUCUAAACACCACGUAAAUUUGUGACAUGGAUCAAUAGAUAUGAUGUCUUGAAUUUCCAAAUCAUGUAGUGCCAUUAGAAGUUCAGCUCUAAGCGUACAAUAAUGUACAUUGUGAGUACGCAAGAACAAUGUUCUCAAAAAUUGUAAAACCAUAUCAUAUAACUUAAUACUUGAGCCAAUCAUAUGUGCAAGCUUUUGUACCACUUCUCCUUGACGUCGCAAUUUUGGUGAAGGUGUAAAGAACAAGUUUGUCAAAUUAUUAUGGUCAAAGAGAAUACUUUCUUUUUCCCUUAUGUACUGUGUAAGUAGAGGAGACACUUCAUUUACUAAUAAUGAUUGAUUGUCCUUCCAAAUUUGCCUCUUGACUUCUGUAUCCGUGUCUUUAUAAAGUUCAGUGUCUUUAACUAAGACAUUUAAAUAUUUGUCAUCAAUAUGUGAUAUAUUUUUUAAUAUGGCCAUAAUUAUGGGUCGGAGUUGUUUAAUGUGAACUGAUGGAAAACUCUUUGCUAACAUAUCCUUGAGUUUGCGGUCCCUAUCACGUCCUUCUUUUUUACCAAUCUCUUCAAUAUGAGCGACCAAUUUGUCACGCAAUGCUUCUAAUAUAGAGUUGUGAAAAUCCAAACGGCGAAUGCCAUGUAGAUCAAGUAAUGGUAACAUCUGUCGAAGGGAUGGUAAAUGUAUCCCAUUAUCAACUUGAAAUUCUUCGAUUGCCUUUAGGGGAUCUGUACAGUUGGUCAAAGUUUCUAAUAAAUAAGUUUGACCAUGUAUACCUGAUUCAGAUUGUUGAUUUUGGUGAACUGUAAACAUAGAUCGUUGACGUCCACCGCUCAUUUUGACAAUUUACUUACCAGUUUUUCU